AUGGCCUCCCAAUCACCUAUGGAAGAUACAAUGCGCUCCAAGAUAGCAGCCGCCCUUCAACCCACUCACCUCGAAAUUUACAAUGACUCCCACCUGCACGCACACCACAAACCCAUGGAAAACUCUACAUCCCAUGAAACACAUUUCCGCGUCGUGGUCACCGCCGAAGCGUUCAGGUCGAAGUCGCAGCCGGCACGCCAUAAGAUGGUGUAUGCGCUUUUGAAGGAGGAGAUGGCCAGGGAAGGGGGCAUCCACGCAUUACAGUUGAAGACCAAGACCCCAGAAGAGGAGGAGGCGCUGAUUCGGAAGGAGAAGGAGGAGAAGGGGACACAGGUUCCCGGGGCUAGCGUUGGGGCGGCCUAG